UUGACAUCGACUCAUAAAUUUGAGGACCAAAUUGAUCUUUGCGCAGUAUGAAAUUCUACUUUUGUUUUUAAACCAACAAUAAAAACGACCUAGAAAAUUAGCGCGGGAGACAGGAAAUUUAAAAACCCAACUAGCAAUUCGCCAAUUCCACAACUACAAAAAAAAAACACAGAAUUUAUAGUUCAACCCCAAGUAUAAUGAAUGAGUAGUCAUGGUUUCGUUAGAAAAAUCAUUGGUGAUCUUUCUUUUAUUGAUUCCUCGCCCUUUGCCAAACUCUUGGAUUCAUGUCUCAAAUCCAAGUCUUUACAGGACACACGUCGUAUACACGCUCGCAUUAUCAAAACCCAGUUCGCCUGUGAAGUUUUUAUCCAGAACAGACUCAUUGAUGUUUAUGGGAAAAAUGGAAGUUUGGAUGAUGCGGGUAAAGUGUUCGAUAAAAUGCCUGAGAGAAACAUUUUCAGUUGGAAUGCCGUUAUUAGCAUUUUUGUGAAAUGGGGUUUCCUUGAUGAGGGUGCGAGACUAUUUGCUUCUAUGCCUGAGCCUGAUCAAAUCUCGUGGAAUUCGAUUAUUGCCGGGUUUGCACAGCAUGAUCGGUUGGAAGAUGCUUUGUUUUAUUUUGUUCGUAUGCAUAAGGAAGGUUUUGUGCUUAAUGAAUAUACUUUUGGUAGUGGUCUUAGUGCUUGUUCAGGGUUAAAGGACUUGAGAAUGGGCACCCAAAUUCAUGGGUUGAUGUUGAAGUCGCAGUUUUUAUUGGAUGUUUAUAUGGGCUCGGCUCUUGUUGAUACAUAUGCUAAAUGUGGGUUUGUGGAUUAUGCUCAAAGGGUUUUUGAUAGUAUGAUGGAUAGGAACAUUGUUUCUUGGAAUAGCUUGAUUACAUGUUAUGAACAAAAUGGUCCAGCCAGGGAAGCUUUGGAUAUUUUUGUGCGGAUGAUGGAAAGUGGGUUUGAACCGGAUGAGGUUACUUUGGCUAGUGUAGUCAGCGCUUGUGCUAGCUUGGCAGCUGUUAAACCAGGUUUAGAAAUUCAUGCUUGUGUUGUUAAACGUGACAGACUUAGGAAUGAUCUUAUUUUAAGCAAUGCGUUGGUUGAUAUGUAUGCAAAAUGUGGCAGAACUAAUGAAGCUAGAUGUGUUUUUGAUAGGAUGCAAAUUAGGAAUGUUGUGUCUGAAACCUCAAUGGUGAGUGGUUAUGCAAAGGCUGCAAGUGUUAAGGCUGCAAGAUUGUUGUUUACAAAGAUGAUGGAGAAAAAUGUAGUCUCUUGGAACGCCCUUAUUGCAGGGUACACACAAAAUGGAGAGAAUGAAGAGGCACUCGGACUCUACCGCAUGCUAAAGAUAGAAGGUAUCUUCCCAACUCAUUACACCUUCGGGAACCUAUUGAAUGCCUGUGCAAAUCUUGCUGAUCUGCAACUUGGCAGACAGGCACACGCCCAUGUUCUGAAACAUGGAUUUCAGUUUCUAAUUAGUGAAGAAUCUGAUGUUUUUGUUGGGAAUGCACUUAUAGACAUGUACCUUAAAUGUGGAUCAGUUGAGGCAGGGCGUCAAGUUUUUGAAAACAUAGCGGAAAGAGAUAUUGUCUCAUGGAAUGCCAUGAUAGUAGGGUACGCACAAAAUGGUUAUGGGGCGGAGGCCCUUGGGUUCUUCAGUAAAAUGUUGGCAUCUGGAGAAAAACCGGACCAUAUAACCAUGAUAGGCGCUUUAUGUGCAUGUAGUCAUGCAGGUCUUGUGCAAGAGGGUCGUCAUUACUUUUUCUCGAUGACAGAGAAAUAUGGUUUGGAACCAUCGAAGGACCAUUAUACAUGCAUGGUUGAUCUAUUGGGACGUGCCGGUUGCCUCGAUGAGGCCAAAAGCUUGAUAGAAACAAUGCCCAUGCAGCCUGAUGCUGUCGUUUGGGGGUCAUUGCUUGGCGCUUGUAAAGUUCAUAACAACAUUAACUUAGGGGAGUAUGUAGCAGAGAAGCUCUUGAACAUUGACCCCACAAAUUCAGGACCAUACGUCCUCCUCUCAAAUAUGUAUGCUGAACUGGGCAGACGGAAGGAUGUCGUAAGCGUAAGAAGAUUGAUGAAGCAUCGGGGAGUUGUCAAACAGCCUGGUUGCAGCUGGAUUGAGAUACUGGGAAAUUGGCAUGUUUUCAUGGUGAAAGAUAAAAGACAUCCUCAGAAAGAGGAGAUUUAUUUGCUCUUACAAAUGCUUAUCAAUCAGAUGAAGCAAACUGGAAAUGUGUUGAAAGAUACUAACGGUUUUCUUGAGGCUUAUGAGGAACAAAGUGAAACAGAAGUAGGAUUCUUUUACCAAAUGGAAACACCAGUAGAUGUUGCUGUCGUUUAAAUCAUUCCGAACGAUAUUGUUCAAAUUUUUCACUCUUGAUAUUUGCUGUUA